UCGUGAUAAUCGCCGGUCGCGUAUUCUCUUACGCCGCGUUCUUGUGACGUACUUAAUUGUUUUUUUGUUUUGUUUUUUUUAAUCAUGGUGCGGUCAAAGGACGGCGAAGGCGGUAUAAAGAGUUCACAUAUUGUGUCCGAAGUGCAGAAAAGGCCCUGUCUUUUUGAUAGUAAUGAUUGUAAUUAUGGCGAUAGAGCUGAAAAGAUAAGGUGCUGGGAAGAAGUAUGCGAGAGUGUAGUGCCGAGCUGGUCGUCAUUGCCGGAGACUGAGAAAAUAUCAGCCGGUAAAGAGGUACAGAAGCGAUGGCGCUCCAUUCGUGACUCGUACACCAAGUCCUACCGGCAGGGCAAGUGUCCACCUCCAGAACACAGCUGUCACCCGACCAGCAAGCGGUACCAGUACCACCAGCAGAUGGCCUUCUUGUUACGGGCGCUGCAGAACAAAAAGCCUAGAUAUUCGCAAGACAGAUACGACUCCUUAUCGGAAAUUUCAAAUUCCCCGAUCCAUCCGCCGCCCGAAGAAUUGCCACGGGUCAAUCAAGAGAUUGUUGAUAUACCUCUCAAUUUAAUAACAAAACACACCACAGACAAUUCAAGCCAGACCAUAGACAGGGAUAGAGACAAAACCGAUCCUGAGCGGAUAUUGCCAGGCGACCAUUUCAAUGACGAUAACAUGUUCAUGAAUUCACUAUUGCCACUUUUUAAGAAAAUGGACGACGAUACCAGGUUGCUGUGUCGCAUUGAAGUAUUGAAGAUUAUCAGAUAUGCCUUGCAGGGGAAUAAAUGUUUCGCAGCGAUGAAAUUGGAGGAGAGUGCAUUUUUUAAAAAUAGGAUGACCGCUAUCCUGGCCAAAGAGGAGGCUGCAGCGAAGGAGUCUACGCUGUCUAUGACUACUAGAUCUGCAGAUGGGAGCAGGCCGAUUAGAAAAAGACCAUUAAGAUCACCAUCUCCGCUGCCCGUCCCAGCUAAGAGAAGAGGACCUGGUAGACCUCGGAAGAUUCGCCCCCAGCCUUCGGACUCGGAUGAGGAACAGCCAAAGAAACACAAGAGCUUCCCCAAGCUGAAGGUGUCACCUAUCAAGGUGGACCACUUGCCUGAUGAAGAGUCUGUUCGUGACUACGCGACUAGUUUGUCACAGUUGUCCCAGCCGAUGUUUAUGAGGAUGUACGACUUAGAGAGCACAAGCGCGGCAUCGAAACCCGAUAUUCCGCUGCCAAUAAAAAGUGAACCAUUGGAGCCAGACCCUGAACACACGAGCUUAAACAUUAUCAAUAAGUUUUAGGUGGAUUGAUUGCCAUGCCUAGCUUACAACAUUACUAGUUACGUAUUAUGCAACAAAAGUAACAUAGAUGUCGCUGAUAUCAAAACAUUCAUUUAUUGAAAAGUACUGUAGCUGUAGCAAAACUGGAUGUGCUUUCUUGACUAUUCGAUGUCAAUAUCACUUUGAAAAUUUAAAAUAAUCUUUAUUCCGGUAAGCUUGCACUUUAACCGACAUUUUCUCAGAAUACAGAACACACCAGAAACCUUAUAGCUAUCGUACUUGGGGUAUAAAAACUUAAGAUAGACACUUAAGGUAAUGUCAUAUGUGUAAACUUUGACUUGAAACGUGCAGUCAUUGAUAGAUUGACAGAUGACUGCUAUCGUCUAUAUCUUGUUUAUAUAUAUAUAUAUAUAUAUAUAUAUAUAACUAUAUCUUGAACAAAAUGGAGAUAGCUGAAAUCCACUACGUCUUAAGCAACUGUUUGCUUUCAUACUUAGCCGGAUUAUACUUCGUCACCAAUCUCCAUACUGUACUUACUACUAUUUCAAACUUAUGUCAAAUCACUGCACGUUUCAUAUUUAACUAAGUUUCAAUUUUUACUUAGGCAGUCCCGCCACUUAUUACGUAGUAUUUACAUACUCUUUAUGGAGUCUCGAUUGGCCGUUAAAGCAGCUGACAUUAUUAAACUUUAUUAGACCAGUUUUGAGGCUUACCUAAGUAAUUGUGUCGCGGAAAUAAUUAAUUGCUUUAAUGUUAUAUUAUUAGUUGCCCUAUGAUUUAUAUAGGGGCCUAGCAUAUAAAAGUCUAAAAUAUUUCAUAAUCAUAGCGAACAAAAAAUUAUUGAAUAGACGUAUAUUUUAUUAUUUGACACAUGGGUAAAUUAAAGUGAGAAUGAAUUUUAAAAAUACAGGAAAAUUAAAAUGUAGGGUAUACAUAAUAUAUGUAUUUUUAAACGGUUUUAUUAUGUAUUUUAUUCUUGUAUAUAUGUAUAUCGAAAUUUGUGAUAUUCUAGAAAGUGAAAAUAGGACCUACUAUGUACAACCUACUUUUCAAUAUCCUGGGACGAAUCCAUUUUCUAAUUUUAGAUACCUACUAAAACCAGAUUAUUAUUAAUGUAGAAAUUAUAACAUUUUAUAGAUUAUUUCAAAGUAUUUUUAGUUGUAAAGUUUUAUCUUAUUUUAGGUACCUAAGGCAGAGAGUUUAUUAAUGUAUGGUUGCGUUAUGUAUUGUAUUAUGCUCAAAUAAAUUAAACAUUUUACGAAAUCAAUAUUUUCAAUGGUUAUUUUAAAUAUUUCAAAAACUGAGGUUUUAAUUUACGUACCUAGAUUAAAAUUAAAAGAUCUGAUCGAUGUUUCAGCAAUAAAAAUGUUUGAAUUAAUAAAACAAUAAUUAUUGUCUGUGCGUUUAUUACCGCGAAUUUCAAAACGACCUCUUGAAAUGAUUUUGAUAGGACCUACGUAUACCUAAUGUCUCUGACUGAGUUAACCCUUUUAUGGCUCAGAUUUUAACAGACAUCGUAUACGUUGAUUCUGACUUUAAGUAGUGCUAAAUUAAAUGCAAAAAUCUAUGCAUACCUAAUUAUUAUUUAAGUAUUUUGUUUACUGUGGUCUGUACAUUCCGAUUAAGAUACAUUUAUGUUGAGUUAAGAAAGUUAGUGAGAAAUAAACAUUUUUAGUCAA